CAGGAAGUCCCGCCCUGUUUGAGUCCCGCCCGCUAGCAGAACCAGCUUUCGUCUCGCCUAGAGUCCCAACUUCACUCUGCUCCUACUAACAUGUCUUUACACCACACAGCGACAGAUACUUCCCGUUUGUGUCGGUCUACUUAGCUACACAAUAAGUACCCUGCUUUGCGGAUUAACUCCAAUAAGAGGCGCUGGUUAGCCAUUUUGUUAUUGUUCGAGUUGGCGUUCGAUAGCUCCAUUCAUCCACGCCCGCCCCCCUUGUGCUCGCAGCUCUGUCCCGCCGUCAUGCAGUUCGUAGACGACCCGUCGGUGCUCACUAAGGAUAAGCUGAAGAGUGAGUUGCUAGCUCACAACGUGGAGCUGCCGAGCGGCAACCAAGCUAAGGACGUAUACGUGCAGCUUUACCUCAAAAACUUGACCGCCCAGAACAAAAAGCAUGUGGCGGCCAUAACUUCUGACGCGUUCUCUAGCGACGAGGAGCUGCCGCCGCCUGUUGUGUCCAACAGAAGUCGGUCUUCCGGCAAAAAAGCACCUCGGAAAACUGACAAAAUCCCAGUGGAGCUGGACGUGACAACGCUGACUGACGAAGACCUGAGAGAAGAACUGAUCAAGCAUGGAGUGCAUGCUGGCCCGAUUGUGGCAUCUACUCGUCAGCUGUACGAGAAGAAGUUGCAGAAGCUCCUUGAUGGUGGUUCUGCACAGGAAGCAAUAACAAAGACAGUGGUCACAGAGAUUAAAAUAACCCACAAUGGCAACUCUGAAUCAGAACUCUACAGUGACAAGGAGGAUGAUGUGAUAGUCGAAGAACCUGAGGCUGAGCCAGUUCCAGUGGUGGAGAAGCCAGUAAGAAGCAGAGGGAAGACACCAAUCACAACACGCACACGGAGCAGCCAAUACAAGACUCAAAUACUGCUUGAGGAUCUCAGGCCUGUAAUAAAUCAUCAGGUCACAUUGGAGUCCAACCGAAAUGUUUGCAACAGGUUGGAAAGUCCUGCUCAGGCUGAGCCUUUGGCAGCCUCAUCUUGGCCCAUUCAGGCCCGGCCAGAGGAACAAAGCCCGCAACCAGCUGCCAAGCAAUCCAGGGCUUCCCUCCCUUUGAUUUGCUAUACAAAAAUUGAUCCAGUGACGUUUAGUCCUAUGCGAAAUGUCUCACCCAUUAAAAAGCAAGAGUCCCACUGGUCAGUUUUAGAGCAGUUUGGAUCCAAACCAAGCAGUGGGAAAGCAGUGGUGGAGAAGAUAGCAGCCAGUGACCAAACCCCUAAGGUGGACAAGAAGGAUGUUCUGAAAGACCUGUUCCCCAAUGACAUCAACAGUUCACUCGGAAUUACGGCCACUUGCAGACGACCUAUCCGGGGAGCUGCCGGACGCCCCGUCACCUCCCGUGAUCUCUUGAAUGAUGAAAACUCCUACUUUUCUUCCAAAACGGCUCAAAUACUCAGCAACUCCACCUCUUCAUCCUACACAGAGAACCGUAUCAUCAACAGAGUCAGCAGUGUGCCAACCUUCUCCCCCAACCUCUUGCCCAGCACCACCAAGCUCUUGUCUGCCGUGCCCCCUGCUGCUCCAACCAAAGUAGCACGCCCAGGCAUGGCGCUGUGGAAAAAGAUGCUUCUGUUGGUGAUAGCAGCUGCUUUCCUGUUCUUUGUUUACCAAGCUAUGGAAACCAAUUCCAUCAACCCAUUUUCAGCAGAAAGCUCAGAGGUGGUGAGUGGUAGCAAAGCAUAAAAGUUCACCAAAAGGACAGUUUGCUCAUAAUUCGUUUUUCUGUGAAUCACCAUUAGUCAUUUUUUAAAGACUAUAACAUGCAAAAAUGUAACACCAUAGCUAACAUUUUUGUCUUUUUUAUUGCAUUAUUGCAUGGUGUGAGUGGAUGUAGUGUUCAUUAGAUUAGUCAUUAACAGUCUUGAAAAUGGAAUUUAAAAAUGUAUUUUUUUUAUUUGAACCUUCUUGAUAAGACUUGUUAUCCAAAUAAUUUUACAUUUUAAGCCUCAUCAAUAUUUUUCUUAAAUGUUCUUCUUAUAAUAAAUGGAAAUGUAAGAUUUGACCAAAUUAUGUAUUCAUGUAAUAAAUAUUGAAUAUAUUCUCAAUAAACUAUAAUAUGGAA